AUGAAACUUGCACUCCUAGGAAGGAAUAAACUAGGUUUUAUUGAUGGAUCUGUUACGAAAGGUAGCUACCAAGGUGAUAUGCAGAAAAGGUGGGAAACAUGUAAUGCUAUAGUAGUUUCAUGGCUGAUGAAGAAUGUGCAGACAGGUUUGCUUAGUGGAAUACUAUACAGAUCUGAUGCAUACCUAGUAUGGAAGGACUUGAAGGAGAGGUUUGAUAAGGUGAAUACCUCAAGGGCAUAUCAUUUGCACAAAGAGAUUGCAACAGUUAUGCAAGGUGUGUCUUCUGUGUCAGUUUACUACUCUAGGCUAAAGGAUCUAUGGGAUGAACAUUAUUCAAUUGCUCCUAUACCUUCUUGCAACUGUGAAGAGUCUAAGGAUUUUAUUGAAUACAUGGAGAGGCAAAAGUUGUUCCAAUUCUUAAUGGGGCUUAAUGAUGGAUAUGCCCAUGCUAGAUCACAAAUAUUAAUGAUGAAUCCUGAGCCUAAUGUGAACCAGGCUUAUGCUAUGAUAGUACAGGAUGAGAGUCAAAAAUUACUGGUUGGAAGCAACUGUGUGGUGACUAACAAGCUUGACCUCACUGCCUUAUACACUUCUAAGGGCUCAGGGUCAAGUUUAGGAGCUUCAAGCUCAGGACAAACAUACCAGAGGAGAAACUACUCUUCCUCUUAUUGUGAUUUUUGUAACAUGAAAGGCCACACAAGAACAAACUAUUACAAACUAAUGAAGUGUGAUUUCUGUUUUCAAAAGGGACACCUUAGAGAGAAUUGCUAUAAGUUGAUUGGCUAUCCUGAAAAUUUUAAAGGCAAGAAGAAGGCAAAUGUGGUUACACAUCCACUUGCAGGACAAAAUGCAGGAUACACUCAUGGGAGGACACUGGAAUCUACUUCAACACCAGUUUUCACUCAAGAGCAGUACAAUCAACUUUGCAAAUGCUGA